UAAAGUCCAAAAAUCCCCAAAACUUCACCAGCAGAAAUUGAAAAGUUUGAAACAAAAAUUGUGGAAAAAUGAAGCUGAAGGUCUAUGGCGAUCGCAUGUCCCAACCAACCCGUGCUGUUAUCCUCUUCUGCAAGAUGAAUGGGAUCGACUUUGAGGAGAUUAGAAUCGACAUAUCAAAACGUCAACAUCUAUCUCCAGAAUUUACAGAAAUCAAUCCGAUGAAACAAGUUCCAGCAAUUGUUGAUGGAAGAUUUAAGCUGUUUGAGAGUCAUGCAAUUCUGUGUUACCUUGCUUCUGCAUUCCCAGGAGUUGCACAUUAUUGGUACCCAGCUGACCUUUUCACAAGAGCAAAAAUUAACUCGGUCUUGGAUUGGCAUCAUUCGAAUUUACGCCAUGGUGCAGCAACUCUUGUUUUCAGUACUGCUCUAGCACCUGCAUUAGGUCUUCCAUUGAACCCACAAGCAGCUGCCGAAGCUGAGAAAACUUUGACCUCAUCCCUAUCAAAAAUUGAAUCGAUUUGGCUUAAAAAGAAUGGGAAGUUCUUACUGGGAAGCUCUCAACCAUCUAUUGCAGAUCUCAGCCUCGUUUGUGAAAUCAUGCAAUUGGAGGUAUUGGAAGAGAAGGAUGUCAACAGAUUAUUAGGCCCCCACAAGAAAAUUUUGCAAUGGAUCGAGGAUACAAGAAAUGCAACAAGUCCUCAUUUUGAUGAAGUGCACAAAAUCUUAUUCAAAGCUAAAGCCAGGUUACACAAGAAGUCAAGUGGAGAAAACUAUGAGACUGAAUCAAGUAUGAAGGCGAUGUUACCAUCAAAGAUGUGAGAGAGAGAGAGAGAGAGAGAGCAUGCUGUAAUAAAUUUAUUUCUGAGAUCUGCAGAUUGAAUUUGUACUCUGUUAAAUAAUGUUUGAAUAUUGGAUCAUGGAUAUUAC